UCGUUGCAGUAAUCUGCAAGAAAUCAAAGGAAAAGCUGAGCACACAUUGAAAACGGCAAAUGAAUGGCAACAUGAACAACAACGGCGUGAUGAAUUGAUAAAUAAAAAAAUUGCCAUGCAAUCGGAACACAUCAGCACAUUGUUAGAGGAUCGAAAUGCGUUGAUUGCCAAGAACCAUGAAAUGUUACGCGAUAUGUUCAUUCUCAAGCAAAAAUUGGAGGAUUAUAAAUGCGUUUUACCCAACACUAGAUUUUCGGACAUGAUGAGUAGCUUCUCGCUAAACAGACCCAUUCUUCGUUAUCGCAGUGAUCCUCAAAUAAAUGAUUUUGAGGACUAUCAACAAAGGCUAGACUAUAGUAUUCAACGGAUGACAAAAAAUUUGCAAAGAACUCGAUCGUUCUGGGAGAAUGGAAUAAGAAAUUCAAUUCAAACUAAACCCAAACCGGACAACACAAUCAUCGACGAAGACAGCAUCGAUAACUCCCCUCGUCUCGAAGUAUCGUUACAAUAGUUUUACUGAGCCAAACAUUUUUUU